AUGUCUCGAUCAAUAGACCCCGGCCACUUUUUCCAGACCGAUGCCUCCGAGACCACAAGGGCGCUCAAAGCAGCCAAAUCCGGAAAUAAGAAUGGAAACCCUAUUGUUCUACAAUCCAAAAUCCUCAACGCCAUCCAGGAUCCCUUCUCGGCCUGCAUCUACAUCGCAGAGAGUGCCGGUUGUGUCCGAAAAGUCAACUUAGAAACUAGAGACACGAAAAUCGUAUAUCGAGGUCCAGCUGCACCAGUCACGUCUGUAGCCAUCGGCGGUCACGGAGGGGCAACCGUUUUUGCAGGAUGUUGGGACAAGGAAAUCUGGAGCUGGGAUAGAGAAAGUAGAGUUAUUGGACGCAGGUACAAGGGUCAUUCCGACUUCAUUAAAGCCAUAAUUUGUGCGAAGAUUGGAGGAAAGGACUGCCUCAUAUCCGGCGGUGCAGACUCGAAGAUUAUAGUGUGGGAUACGGCCACCGGUGACCGUCUUCACACGCUACGUGACAGGACGGAUACUAUGAUGGCGCUCCAAGACCUCGCGGUUGACCCUCAAGACUCUAGCGAUGCAGAAAUUACACUUGUAUCCUCGAGUAGCGAUCCUCACAUUCGACGAUGGCGCAUAAAUCUUUCAUCCGCAUCCCAAAUCCUCGAUACCGUUGAGGUUUCCCUUUCCCAGAGCAGGACUGUCCGAGACACUAUUCGGGAGCAUGAGACCAGUGUGUAUAAGGUCGUAUUCUCAGGCGAUGACGAAGAUAUAGAUCUGUGGACAGCAAGUGCCGACGGGACGGCUAAGUGUUUAUCAAGAGAAAAAAACUGGAGUACGCAGGAGACAUACACGCAUGGCGACUACGUGCGAGCUGUAGUUGUCACUUCUGACUGGGUUGUGACCGCUGGGAGGGAUGAAAAUGUCAAAGUCUGGGACAAAUCGACAGGGAAUCUGUGGCAUAUCUAUGAAGGUCACUACGAGGAAAUAACUGCGCUGGUACUUCUGGGUCAAGGGAAUCGCGUGGCAAGCUUCAGUAUCGAUGGAACUAUAAGAACUUGGGGGCUAGAAAGGGCAGAUCUUAACAAGGCCAGGAGUGAAAGGGAAGAUAAGCUCAAGGGCGUGGUCAAAGAACAGCAGGUGCAGCCGAAGAAAAGUCUCUUGACCGAGGAGGAGGAAGCGGAAUUGGCGGAGCUGAUGGAUUCGGACGAUGGCUGA